AUGCCCAAGAUCCUUGUCACCCGCAACGUUGGCCCCGAGGCCAUGAAGCUCCUGCAGGCCACGCCGUUCGAGCUCAUCGUCAAUCCCGAGGACGCCGAGCCGUCGCGCGAGUGGGUCCUCGAGAAUAUCUCGGAUCCCGAAGUCGUGGCCGCGUGCAUCAUGCACGGCCAGCCUAGCGACAAGGUAGAUGCUGAGCUGCUCGCGCAUGCAGGAAAGGGGCUCAAGGUCAUCUCGACGUUUUCGGUUGGGUUUGACCACAUCGACGUCAAGGCAGCAAACGCUCGUGGCAUCAAGAUCGGACACACGCCUGGCGUGCUCUCCGACUCUGUAGCGGACAUUGCGACAAUGCUCGUGCUCAUGACCAUGCGGAGGGUGGAGGAGGGCAUCGCACUCGUCAAGUCUGGCGGCUGGCCACAUCUCCCGUGGGCGCCGUUCGUCAUGUGCGGCCCAGGGAUGAACCACCCGAACUUGACCAUUGGAUUCCUUGGCUUUGGCCGCAUCUCUGAAUGCGUGGUGGAUCGCCUGCUGGCAUUUACAAACAAGUCAGCCCCCCCGCGGAUCGUCUACAACUCGUCCCGCGCGCGUGACAACCAGGCCGAGAUUGACGCAAAGUUUUCGCAGCGGUGGGGAGUGGACGUGCAGCGGGUGGAGAAGGACACUCUUGCAGAGCAGGCGGAUAUCGUGAUUGUGCUGUGUGCUCUUACGCCCGAGACGACUGAUGCCGUCGACGCCGCGUUCCUCAAGAAGAUGAAGAAGACGGCCGUGCUCGUUAAUGCCGCGCGUGGGCCCAUUGUCAACUCGGAGGACCUUAAUGCCGCCCUCGACGCUGGAGAGCUCUUCGGCGCCGGCCUCGACGUCAUAACUGGCGAACCGCACAUUGCCCCUGACCACCCACUCGUGCUUAACAAGCGCUGCGUCGUCAUCCCGCACAUGGGUAGCGCCGACUACGACACGCGCAACGCCAUGGCGGAUCUCUGUGUGCGGAAUGCGAUCGCUGGGGCUGAGGGCAAGGCCCUCCCCGCCGAGGUCAAGGUGUAG